GGGCCCUAACGCAUGGAAAUAGUGUCCUCUGCGCGUAUACUUCAUAUUUUGGCGAUUUUAGUACGACAUCAGGGAACUUUUGGCAUACUAACUAUAUCCAUACUAUGACCAAUAAUCAUACUAUAUACCCAAUCACGCCACAAAUAGUACGGUUAGUAUGAGUAUUCUAACACAGUUCUACGGUCUGGUUUAAUUUAAAAGAACGGAAAGAGAAUCUUUCAACCAGGAAGUGAAUUCAACCAAUAGGAUUUUGCAAAGCGUCCUAAACUGACGUCAACCCGGUAACGAUGAACAACCGGUAGGAUUGUAGAGAAAUCUAGAAAUCUGUGCUGAUUUUCCGUUAACUGAAUUGUUUUAAUAUACUCAUCUAAAACGUGCAAACAUCAUGGUUUUCGAUGUGAGGAGGUUGGAUAUCUACAGGAAAGUCCCCAAAGACCUGACCCAGCCCACGUACACAGGAGCUGUGGUGUCCAUCAUCUGCUGUAUCUUCAUGUUGUUCCUGUUUCUCUCAGAGCUGAAGGGAUUCAUAGCCACUGAAAUUGUUAAUGAGCUCUAUGUGGAUGACCCUGAUAAGAACAGUGGUGGGAAGAUUGAUGUGAGUUUGAACAUCAGUUUGCCAAACUUACACUGUGAUUGUGAGUAUAUUAUACAUACAUUCAUAUCCACUGUUAUAUACUGUAUUACUGUCUGAAUGUACUAACUUUGUAUAAGAGGUAAUUUAUAAAUAUGCACAUACCAUGUACACCUGUUGUAUGACCCUGGGGUGGCAGCAGGUCAUUUAUAAAUACACACAUACCAUGUACACCUGUUGUAUGACCCUGGGGUGGCAGCAGGUCAUUUAUAAAUAUGCACAUACCAUGUACACCUGUUGUAUGACCCUGGGGUGGCAGCAGGUCAUUUAUAAAUAUGCACAUACCAUGUACACCUGUUGUAUGACCCUGGGGUGGCAGCAGGUCAUUUAUAAAUAUGUACAUACCAUGUACACCUGUUGUAUGACCCUGGGGUGGCAGCAGGUCAUUUAUAAAUAUGCACAUACCAUGUACACCUGUUGUAUGACCCUGGGGUGGCAGCAGGUCAUUUAUAAAUUUGUACAU